UGUUUUUCUGUGAAUGUAACACAUACAUACAAUAAAAAUAGAAAAAAGGAAAGAAAAAGUGUUUUUAAGCUGCUCAUUUGCACUUCAAAACAUUACACACAAAUCCGCUGAGUUAAUAUAGCUGAGUACAAACUAUAAGCACACAGAUUUGGCUGCAAAAUGGCAUCUGAAGAGUUGCCAGCUGAUCUGGAUAAGCUGAAAAUAACACAAACUCAUCCUCUCAUCAAGCCUGUCGAACGGAAUCCAUUUUAUGAUGCAGAGAAUGGAUUCGAUCCGUCUAAUAGCUCAGAGGCUAUCACGAGCUCUAAACCCAGAUCACAACAUCGAUGGAAAUGCAGACCCCGCCGAAGAUCUGAAAGUUGCCUACAGGAUUGCAAGCAAGAUGAUUCCUUUGUUCCAGCUGAAUCAUUUGAGAUUGUUAGUCCUUUGAGUUGUUCCCACGGAGUCCAAAAACAAACUCAAAAGCGAAAUUACCACGCCCCAGCGAGGAAAAGCAUAUUUCGUCAGCCCAUUUUGAAGGCCUUGAACAGUUGCGACCAUGGAAAAUGGAUUGUACGCAGUGGUCGGAUUAUUUCCUGCAAAUUAAAUGAAGAAUCAAGUGAUAUUAAUGGUCUGGUCAAUGAAGAUUUAAAAUCGAGUUGCUCAUGCGCAUGUCGUGAUAUUAUUGGUGAAUGUAAUUAUAUGCUCGGUGAAUCAAAGAGAAGCACGCUGGGAAAUAGUUGGCACUUAACGAAGAACUGCAAUUUAACAAAGGCUCGACACUCUGGUAGUGUUGUAGAAGGGCCAGGACCUUCAGGACUUCACAGCCAUAAGAGCGACUCAUUCGCCGUCUCCGCCGCCACGAGAUCUCUGUCAGCGGUUUCGUUAAUGGGAGCCACGUGCUCGCAACAGGCCAGCUACAAUUCCGCAAGCCCCGGGAACUGCGAUGAUGUUACCAUCGGUGAGCUGGCCAGCUACUUCGACACCAUUGUUCAUAUUCCAAAAAAGAUGUCAUCAAUGGCUGAGAUGAUGUAUAUAUAAUUAUCGAAUCGUAAACAAUAUUACUUCAUACCUUUUCUCUAAAUCUAUUUGUAAGUUUCAAGUGUACGAUAUGUAUGUUAUUUGUGAAUUUAAUUACACAAUACCAGCCCUUUCUAAUUUGAGUUGAUUAAUCUAAAUAUUUAUACUGUAUAAUAUGUACAUAGUCAUUGGUAUAUUCUGCAAAUUACAUCAUUUCUAAAUACA